AGAUAUUACAUUACAACUCUGGAUAAAAAUAGAAACAAUUUAUUUAUAAGUUAAAUUAAUUCGAAUUUCGAAUCAAACGAAAACUAAUUCGUUGGGUUCAACAAACUGAUGUUGUUGGUACCAAACCACCUUGAACAACAAACUUGGCUUUCAAUUCUUCCCAAAUUCAUUCGCCCUUUUUAGGGUUCCAAUUGAAUCAACAACCCAACCCAACCCAAGCGUUACGCUCAAAUUCAAAUCCCCAGGCCAGGAUAUAUAUAUAUAUAUAGCAGAAAUGAAACCGGAAAUUUUGGAGGUUCAGGCGCAACAACUUAAGUUCAUAUUUGAACUGAAGAAACAAAGCUCUUGUUCUGUUCAAAUGAUCAAUAAGACCAAUCACCAUGUCGCUUUCAAGAUCAAAACCACAAACCCAAAAAAGUAUUGUGUUCGACCUAAUGCUGGAGUUAUCGAUCCAAAUGCAUCGUGUGAAUUUUCAGAUGAUGCAGUUACUAUGCAAGCGCCAAAGGUAGCUCCUCCUGAUAUGAUCAGCAAAGAUAAGUUCUUAAUCCAAAGUACUGUUGUCCCAGAGGGGACGGAGGAGGAGGAUGUCACAUCUAACAUGUUUGUUAAAGCGGAUGGCAAAAUUGUUGAUGAAAAGAAGCUUAAAGUGAUCCUCAUCCCCCCACCAGAGUCACCAAUUAAUGAACCGUUAAAGCUGGUGGACAGUAAUGCAAGCAGAGAAGUCAAAGAUGACAUAAAUACUUCUCCUGCCAAGGUUGCUGAGAGCUUGGAAGUGCCCAGUGAAAGUUUAGAGGUGACAAGAAAGAUAGAAGAACCUGUAAAACCGAAGAUGGAAGAAUCUUCAAAGAGGAAGGAUGCUGCAAGAAAGAUAGAAGAACAUGUAAAACCGGAGAUGGAAGAAUCUUCAAAGAGGAAAGAUGCUGCAAGAAAGAUAGAAGAACCUGUAAAACCGAAGAUGGAAGAAUCUUCAAAGAGGAAAGAUGCUGAAAGAAAGAUAGAAGAACCGAGCCAGGUGUAUGCAAAGAGAAAUGAAGAGUUUGUGCAGAUUGACAAUACAGAAGAGCUGAAAUUAGCUGAAGAUGUUGAAGCAAUAAGGUCAAAAGUCAAAGAACUCGAGUCAAAGCUUACCGAGGCUAAAGCAACCAUCCUACAUCUAACAGAAGAAAAAAGAUCAGUUGCUCAAGAGAAACACUUUUUACAGGGAGAAUUGGAUUUGGUGAGAAGUAAGAGACAUAGGGCUCAGGUGGGAUUUCCAUUGCUGUAUGUUUUUAUGGUGGGACUUGUGAGCCUUUAUCUGGGAUAUCUCUUCUCUUGCACGCCUAACUAACCAACCAACAACUUGUACCAAAUGAUUUAGACUGUAAAUAAAGGGUCUAAAGUUUAUAGUAUUUUGACUUUUUGGAUCCAGACCAUUAAUAUUCUAUCAUGCUAGAAUCUUUUCAAAUUAUUGUUAUAUCUUUUAUGUAGCAACUUCCUUUAUUAUUAUUAAACAUAUAGUCGUCAUUUUUAUA